UAGUGCGUGGCUCGAGCCAGAUCCCUGAAUCAUUAGCGAAUUGUGAGCAUCAGGAUGAACUUGGUUGGAAGCUAGCUGCAGAGAGGAGAUUUUACACUCACUCUCUGUGCAUCCAGCUUUCCGAUCACAAAGUGGAUUUAAAUAAAAUUCUUGUGGCCAUUUUUUCAAGAUGCUUUUGGUUUCCCAGAGGGUAGAAGGACCGGGCAUGGAGCCCCCUAUUACGUUGCAAGGAUCAGUUAAAAGAAAACUGGAAGAAGAUGGCUCUCCCGCAGGUAAUGGUGGCUUUGAUGGUAUGUAUCCAAGUGACAACAAACGCCUGUGUCUUGAUGAUGUCACUCUUUCAAUGGGUCAGCCUCAAGGUACUAGUCCAUCUGUCUCAUGCUCAGAGAUGCAGCAUUCUCCAUUCUCUACUAAUCUGCAUAGUUCAACAUCAAGCCAUCCAGGACUUAUUGACAGCAGUCAUCUGAAUGGUGGUGUUGGCUUAGGGUCUCCAUUCCCUGUGGCUACAAACACAGAGAUAAAUCCAGUGGCAAGAACCAAUACCGUUGGUCCUUAUGAUCCAAAAGGGAACACUAGUAUACAGACUGUGGAUCAGGAACUGCAAGACCUCUUGGAAGAACUGACCAAAAUUGACCAUCCCACAAAUGACCUGGACAUUGAAAAGAUCUUGGGAAAUAAGAGUGAUGAACCUCUUGGUGCAAGUCACUCACAGCCAAGCAUGAACAGCACUCCUAAACGUUCACCACAGACAGCAUCACAUUUAGAAAAUCCUGUUACUGGUAAGGAGUUCUCUCCAAGUUACAGUCAGGCAUCUGUUGAGUCUCCGCAGAUGAGACCACCAUCUGCUGGUGCUGCAUUUUCCUUAACACCUUCAAGUAAGCCAGUACCAUCACCAUUGUCUGCAGCGGCUCAAAAUUCAAAUGCUCCGCAAUCUUCAAUGCUGUCAUCAAGUUUAUCCAGUCAGUCCAGUCAGAGCUGGCAUGCACAGCAGCUAAAGCAACUAGCAGCAAGUAAGCAGCAAGUAGGCUCUCAACAGCAGCAGAUUCAGACAUCUAACUGGCCUGCUUUGUCUCCAGCAGGUCCUUCCCCACCAUACAGGACAGAGAAACUUCCAAGUUCUUCUCCCCAUCAACAACCAUUUAGUCCACAAAAUACUAUGGUACAGGGUAUGACGUCCAAUAGCAUUUCAGGAACUAACAUUCAGAGUCCUCAAAGCAACCUGCUUUCUAGUAUCUCAUCUGGUAGCAAUGCAUCAGCUGGUCCAUCUCCUCCAUAUGUGGCAGAAAAACUUUCCAGUCCUGCUCUUACUCCUCAGCCUUUUAGCCCACAAAGCUCGAUGUUGCCAUCUAUAACAUCCUCUAGCCUUUCAGCAAACAGUAUUAAAAGUCCACAGAGCAACUUGGUAACAAAUGUGGCAUCUGCUAAUACCGGUCCUUCUCCACCUUACAUGCCAGAAAAACUUUCAAGUCCUGCCCUUCACCAGCCCCCAUUUAGCCCUCAAAGUACAAUGGUGCCCAAUAUUGUUUCCACAAGUAAUGCCGCAAACCUGCAGAGCUCUCUUUACAAAACCCAGUCGGGGACUUUGAAUAUGAUGCUGCAGCAGUCAUCUUCCAGUGGUGUACAACCAACCCUCGUGAAUGACAGUCCAUUGUCUCAGGACCAGUUUUCUUUUGAUAAUACCAAGAGAUUAUCUCAUUUUGCUCCUGAUUCACCUUCACAAAAGAUUCCCAUGUCUUCUGGGUCUGGACAGUCUUCUCUGGUUCACUUUCAUCAAAUUUCUCCAGUUCAGCAACCCCAUCCCCCAAGUAGCACUGCCUAUUUACCACAAGUAAUCCGAACAGGAAUUCCACGACACACAGAACCUUCUGCACUGCACCAGCAAAAUAGACAGGAUCCUUCAUUGGUUGCAAGAGGUCCAGAAUCUGAAGUGAGACACACUCUUCUGAAGUAUCACAUGAGACGACAACAGGAGAAGAACAGGCAGUCUGUGAUGGGAGUGCCAUCUGUACACAGGGGUCAUUACACAACUCAACAGAUGACUCAUUUUCAAGGAAUGACGCAGAAUAUAACUGAAUGUGGUCAGCAUGGUCCAAAUGUAACCCUGCCUCAUCACAUAAUGCCUUCAAAUUCAGGAAUCCUGCAGAGCGCGCUGGUUACUGGGUUGACAUCAUCUGCUGGUAAUCAGAACAGCAGCACAGUGGGAAUGAUGACCCACAAUCAUGGAAAGCAGCAAAUCAUGUUUCCUACUGAAUUCGGUGUGUCUUUUCGAUCUAACCAGAAUCCCCUGGGAAUUACAGCAGCCUGCCAAACAGUUCAUAGCCAGGCUGCAAUUCGACCAGUAAUGUCAAUGUCUGGGUUUAGCUCCGGCUCACUGGGAGGAGUGCCUGCCACAGCUCAGCAACACCUUCGACAUCCCAAUAUGCCAAGAGCGCCUGGCGUGUACUCCAAUUCACCAGGUCAGAUGUGGAACCCAGGGACAGUUCAAAGAGCCGCAGCUCCAAAUCCAAUGGAGGCAAGUAUGCAGCAGUUCCCACACAGUGCACACUUUCUGAAACAGAACCUAAGACCUAACAUUCCAGGUCACCAGAUUCCUCAUCAAACUGUGGUGCCACCUAACCAGAUGGCUACUCUUCAGGCGAGGCAUAUGCAGAAACUGGCCGCGUUGCAAUCUGGACAGAAUAUGGGUAUGUUGAGUAAUCAGACUUUACAGAGUAAUCUGUCAAGAGGACAGCUAUUGACUGCAAAUGGCAUGAAACAAAUGCCAACGGACAUGGCUGGUUUGAAUCCAAUGGGUCAUCCUCAAGGACUAGCUCCACCCUGUUAUUCUACCACCGGACAGCCUUCUCCAGCCUUCAGUGGGAUGAACACUGUCACUGAACUGCCAUCCUAUGACUUUGUUCCACAUCAGACUAAUAGUGUCUUAACUGGUACUAACAAUGAGGCUGAAUUCUAUGACUCACUUACAAAGACCCCAAGUGGUGCCGAUGAUGACUGGCUAAACAGCUUGAUUUUUGAUGACAUUUUAGGAACUAGUACAUAAGUUCUGAAAACUUCUGUCUCACAACAGCCUGGUCAAAGAUGUACAUAUGCAGCUAAAUUCUAAUAAACCCCAGUGGGUGGAUGUUUGUUGUAUGCCUACUCUAUCUACAAAAAAAAAAAGAGUUUAAUAUGGACAGUUUUACAGAUUAUUGUAAAUAGUAAAAUAUUUUGUAAAUUGUUUUCCUAAACCAUAAGUAUAAAAGAAGUACAGUAUUUAUACUUCUUUCCUGAACUAUUUGUAAAUAAUUGAUAGCAAAAAUCUUUGUUUUAUAAUAGGAAUUUCGUGUAUUUUAACUUUUAUUAAAUAUGAAAACAAUAUUGUUAGUUUCAGUAAUACUGUGUAUUACAGUUUUGAAAAUACCAGUUAUGUUUGUGACAUAACAGAAGGCAUAAAUUUGGGGUGUUUAGCAGACUAGUGUGUAGAGAAAAAAAUGUAAAGCAGUGCACUUUGAAUGCUAUUUCAACCACCAUAAUGGUGAGCUUUUAAAUAGCUGAAAGUGGAUUAGGAAUGCUGUACAGUGACACAGUUCAAAUGUUGUCAGUUGUAAAUGAACUUUGAAGAGCUGAUGAUUCAGUUUUGACACUUAUCGACUCCAGUGGCAUUUAAGGGAUGAACAUAAUAAAUUCCUUCCUCUGAGUGAAAGACUCCAACAACCUUAAGUCCAGUUAUCAUUAAUUGCUGGCAGCACUGUUUACUAGUUAUGUCAUAUUACCAGUACAAGUUUUUCCAGAUUUAUAAGCAAGUGAUAUGGUUUUGGAAAUAAAUCUAUAUAGAUGAGUUUAGAAAAUUAUGCAGUACUGAUUAGCUUUGCUCCAGUUUUAUGUAGCUAAUGCUAAUCUGGUUGGUUAUCUAGUCUCCCUGGAUGUGAUUAGUGCUGUAUGACUGUUAUAGCCGCCUAUCAUUUGAGCAGAUCAGUAGUGACUGUUGCAGGUUUUGCCUACAAAGUGAUGUAAAUAUCAUAUGCAAAGGCACAAAACAGAAUGCAUUCUGUCUUUUUUCACAUCAUGUGGGUUUAACACGUUAAGGUUGAGCACUUUGACUUGCAAUGUGAUGGCAACUAAGAGGAACUGGAAGUCUUUUUUCUGGCACAUCCAACUCCCAGGUACUUCUAAAAGAGAAAUCCUGUACAACUCAAAGUACACAUAUGACAUUUUCCCUAAGUUGCAGUAUGAAAAGUUUUUCCAAAACUGAAGGAAGAAAAGCUGUGCAGGUACAUUCAGCAGCACUGUGAUGCAUUAGAAAGCAAAAAGCCACAAUUUCUGUUUUAAUUGCAUUUCAUAAUUAUACAUUCUGUUGCUAGAGCACAGAGACAAAACAGAUAAUUACUAUUUAUUUUACUUUUUAAAAAAAAAGCUAAACGAUACUACUCAAUGGAGGCUGUCACUAUGACAACUGAAAAAGACUUUGAACCCCUGCUAACACAACAUCUCAUUAUCCACAAAUGUGCCCUUCCCUGACACAGGCUAGGAAGAGUGCAAACAUCAUGGCAGACAGUAGGUUCUUGAAAAUCUUUUUUUUUUUCAUGUAAAAUUUUUUUUUUAAAUGGAAAAGAAAGAAUGAGCUCACACUGUAACCCAAGAGUGAAGUGCUAAGGUGAAAAUGGAAAGUAGGUGUGCAUUCAGUUUCAUGCCUUUGCACAUAUGUUUUUUUUAAAGCUUGGAGGAAAAAUGUCAAACCAUUGAGGGACUAUGUCCCACUCUACUCGUAGGAGGUGCUUAGAUAAUUUGAGUACAUAUCAUGUAUUUUUUACAGGAUCUGAGCAGUUUGCAGCUUACGUUAACUAAUGAUGCCAGUAGUACACCGACGACCACUUGUAAAACAUGGUAUUUGCAGUAAGGAUAUGACUCUGCAGGUAAUAUCCCGCAUGGUAAGGUCAUAGCAAGACCUGCCCUGGCUUUGUUUGGCAUGACUAUGAACCCAACUGUUACUGCAGUGGUUUUUCAGUUGGACUUGUAAUUUAUCACAUUUUUGCGUAUUACUAAGGAAAGUAUAACAUUUGUAAGUCAGCUAGCAUUCCAGCAGCAAAUGUUAUGUAGUAUGAAGUUUUCUCCCUUAGUAGCAGACUGCCAAACUUGGUCAGUGGUUUCUAACCAUAAGCUAGGUUGAGGAUGAGAACUGUUAAGUGUCAGAUGUACCUUAAGUCAUACAGAAAAAAGUGCACUGACUGACAGGAGUUUCAGAAAGGUCUGCACAUCCCAGUUGUGUAUAUUUGUAGUGUACAGGUGAUUUAGUCCUGGUCUCAUGAGUAUAUCAGUUUUGUUCAUGUCAGAAGUCUUUCUGUUGCAGAGAAGAAAAAAAUAUAUAGUCAUUGAUAGUUCUCACUUUUAUUUUUUGUUUAAUUUACUUCCAUUGUUUUUGUCAACAAAUGUUGUUUGUAUAUUUAAAGAACGGCUCUGUCUGUAAACGAUCCACUGUACUGUAAAUUCCAUGUGAUGUCCGUACUUCCUGUAGUCCUGUUGUAGCCACCUCAUAUCUCUGCCAUAAGUUUAUGAUAUAAUGACAGCUUCAAGCACAGAACAGAAAGUAUGACAGGUUUUUCUUCACACAAAUAAACUGCUGGAGGAAAAUUAUGUUCAUUUUUUUCUCUGUAGCCUCCAUUUUACUAUUUAAUCUGCUGGUAAAAUAUUAACAUUUUCACA